AAACAACGCGCUCUUGUUGGCUUGAGCCAUCACCUCCACCUACCUGCCUAGUCAGAAUGCGACGACUCGUGGUGAGCAUUCUAUCUAGGUUUAAGGCAGUUGGAAUGGCACAUUUUUCCGGCCUCUGAGAACUAGUCAACGAUUCAUAAUGACAUGGGUGGUCCUCCCUUUGGAUUCUGCUUUGGAUUCUUCCCCAAACAGCUGUCUCUUCCGGAAGCAUUUUGUGCAACGCUUAGGGAGCCAUGUUGCGUGUCAUUCGCGGAGUUGACCAGAGCUAUCUGCCUUAGCCUCGAUCUUAGCCAAACGUCAUUCCAGUUCGAACCAAGUCUACUCAGCCUCCCAAAGGGAAAGAGGUCCAAUCGCGUGUUAGUUCAUAGCAUCACACAUGGAUCGAAUCGUUAACAGUCCGAGUGAUCUACCUCCCCUCCAUCCGUACAGGACUACCCCCCCUUAAUCCCUUUGCACAGACAAUCCAAGGACGCAGUCAAGCACAAAAUCAUGGGUCACCCCUCGUGUUUCAUGGAAAGGGACGCACCAGAGUGACAGCCGACCUUCGAGACGUCAAGCGCCGCAAGAAGCAACAGGAGCUCCAAAUUCCCCAAAGGUCCUCUCUCACGGUCGAUAUCCGAGUGACGACAGUCAGCUCCUACUACAUAAUGUCUGCCGCGCCUAUUUUCCCCUCCCGCCGACCCUGGUCCUCCGUAUGUCACUCCUGCCUCGAUUUUGUCCAUUCUUCGUCCAAUAUGGUCGCCAAAUUUCAGUUGCGAAACCACUCCCCGCCGACCUACCGGGUACUCGCGCUGCUCGUCGUCUUUGUAGUGCUCUCGGUUCUACUUUUACGGAAUGAUACUCCGGUGCAGGUUGAGGAAGUUCUUAGCAGCGAAGAUAUCGCCAAACCUACAAUCAGGAAAAGCUAUGACUGGUCUGCACAUCCACAGAAGCAUCCAGUCCCUCUGGCUGAGAUGACGAGGCUUCCCAACGGCCAACCUCUCUCACUUCCGAAGAUACAAUAUGAGUUCGCCGCAGACCGUUCAGACAGUCUGAAGAAGCGAGACAUCGGCCUCGACAUUGGUCUCAUGGCCUCCCGUCGCAAUGAAGUACGGAACGCCUUCAAGAAGAGCUGGCAAUCAUACACCAGGCAUGCUUGGGGUUACGACGAAUUGCAACCCCUCUCAUUGAGGGGAAAGAAUCGCUACAACGGAUGGGGUGCCACCCUGGUUGACUCUCUUGACACUCUUUGGCUGAUGGGCAUGUAUGACGACUUCAAUGACGCAGUCCAAUACAUCAGCACAAUUGACUGGAACAACGCGACGGAGACGAGAUGCAACAUUUUCGAGACCAACGUCCGGUACCUCGGUGGACUUCUGUCCGCGUACGAUCUCAGCGAGGAGCAAGUCCUCCUCGACAAGGCCGUUGAGCUCGCCAACAUGCUCUAUGCGGCAUUCGACACGCCGAACCGCUUCCCGCCUUACAGCUUCAGUUUCGAGGAGCUCCGCGCUGGAAAAGUCCUGCCGGACCCCUAUCAGAGCGCAGCCUCCAUCGGCAGCAUGUCCCUCGAGUUCACCAGGCUUGCGCAGUUGACUGGCGACUUCAAGUUCUACGACGCCAUCGAGCGCAUCAAAAAGGCCUUUGACCGAAUCCAGGACGAGACCCUGCUACUUGGCAUGUGGCCCAACUUCAUCAACGUCCGCGACGACUUCCAGACGACCAACAACGUCUUCAAGCUCGGCGGAGACGGCGAUUCGCUCUACGAGUACCUCCCCAAGAUGCACGUAUUACUCGGCGGCCUGGACACGGCAUACGAGAAAAUGUACAGGGGCGCGGCCAAGGCUGCAAAGGGACACCUCCUCUACCGGCCCAUGACGCCGAAAAAGGACGACAUCCUGCUCCUCGGCACCGCCAUCGUCAACGAGAAGCUCCGCAAGAUUGACCAAAUCUCGGAGCUCGAGCACCUGUCCUGCUUCGCCGGCGGCAUGUUCGCCAUGGCGGGCAAGCUCUUUGACAUACCCGACGACGUCGAGCUGGGCGACAAGCUCGCGCGGGGUUGCGCGUGGGCGUACAAGUCCUUCAAGAGCGGUCUCAUGCCCGAAAAGUCCCAGGUCGUAAAGUGCGACACCGUCGAGGUGUGCGAGUGGGACGAGCAGAAAUGGGUGGCGCAGAGCAGCCAGCACGCGCCCAGGGGUUUCUGGCGCAUCGACGACGCUCACUACAACCUGCGCCCCGAGGCCAUUGAGAGCCUCUUUGUGCUGUACCGGGUCACCGGCAAGGCGGACCUGCUGGAUAUGGCGUGGGACAUGUUCGAGGCCGUCCAAAAAGCUACGCAGACCGACGACGCCCACGCUGUCGUCGUCGAUGUGACGUAUAGCCAGUCGCGGCAGGAGGACACCAUGGAGAGUUUCUUCUUUGCUGAGACGUUGAAGUACUUUUACCUCAUCUUCUCCGACCCGGAGCUCAUGAGCUUGGAUGAAUGGGUUUUCAACACGGAGGCUCAUCCCCUCAAACGGCCGACAAAGUCUUGAAGCGAGGAAGCUUUUCACGAUGAUGCAGAGAUAUGGCAAAUCAUUUAUUAAUAUUAAUAGGCAAUACCUUGGGAAAGAUAUCAAGAAGCAUGUUACAGGCACACGCAAUACCCGAUGGUGGCAUCGACUUCACAACGGACGAUAUCACAGAUAUAUUGGAGUCAUUAAUACCCGCAGUGCACGUGUUUGGGGACGUUGAAUGUUACCUAGGAGUCAGGGAGUUUUCUUUACAUGAAUAAAC